AUGGGCAUGGAGGGUCUUCUCCAGAACUCCACUAACUUCGUCCUCAUAGGCCUCAUCACCCAUCCUGCCUUCCCCGGGCUUCUCUUUGCAAUAGUCUUCUCCAUCUUUGUGGUGGCGAUAACAGCCAACGUGGUCAUGAUUCUGCUCAUCCAUGUGGACUCCCGCCUCCACACUCCCAUGUACUUCUUGCUCAGCCAGCUCUCCAUCAUGGAUACCAUCUACAUCUGUAUCACAGUCCCCAAGAUGCUCCAGGACCUCCUGUCCAAGGACAAGACCAUUUCCUUCCUGGGCUGUGCACUUCAGAUCUUCCUCUACCUGACCCUGAUUGGAGGGGAAUUCUUCCUGCUGGGUCUCAUGGCCUAUGACCGGUACGUGGCUGUGUGCAACCCUCUACGGUACCCUCUCCUCAUGAACCGCAGGGUCUGCUUAUUCGUGGUGCUCGGCUCCUGGGUGGGUGGCUCCUUGGAUGGGUUCAUGCUGACUCCUGUCACUAUGAGUUUCCCCUUCUGUAGCUCCCGAGAGAUCAAUCACUUUUUCUGUGAGAUCCCAGCCGUGCUGAAGUUGUCGUGCAUAGACACGUCGCUCUACGAGACCCUGAUGUAUGCCUGCUGCGUGCUGCUGCUGCUGCUCCCUCUGUCCGUCAUCUCUGUGUCCUACACGCGCAUCCUCCUGACUGUCCACCGGAUGAAGUCUGCUGAGGGCCGGCGCAAAGCCUUUGCUACGUGUUCGUCCCACGUCAUGGUGGUGAGCAUUUUCUACGGGGCAGCCUUCUACACCAAUGUGCUGCCCCAUUCCUACCACACCUCAGAGAAGGAUAAAGUAGUGUCUGCUUUCUACACCAUCCUCACCCCCAUGCUCAACCCACUCAUCUACAGCUUGAGGAAUAAAGAGGUGGCCGCAGCUCUGAGGAAAGUGCUGGGGAGAUGUGGCUCCUCCCAGGGUAUCAGGGUGGGGACUGUGAUGAGGAAGGACUAG